AUGGGUCGUUCUAGAGGCAUGGAGUUCUGCUGCUGCGCCGUGCCGCUGGUCAACGCCGGCGCCUAUUUCUUGGUGCUCGAGUUCGCCUUUGUCGCGCUGGUGACGGCGAUCCUGGCGCUGGCGCCUCCGCAGAUUGUCGCCACGAUGAACGUCAUCCCGAGCUGGUCCAAGUCGCUCGUGGCGGCGCUGGGUUUCAUCACCUUCUUCUGGCAGCCCCUCGGCCUCUUUGCCAUUGCCAAGCAAAAGUCCGGCCUCUACCGCCUCUACAUCCGCAUCAACUUCCUCCUCACCUGCAUCGUGCUUGCCUGCACCGCCGCCUUCCUCGCUGUCUCGGCGGCCCGCCACAAUGAGGCGCUCGACGCCUGCACGGCCGUGUACGGCAACACGCCUGCUUCGAGCGGCACCGGCAUCGCCGUCAGCCAGGCCACGAGCGCGCUCGACGGUUCCGGCCGCACGAUCUGCAACGUGCUGACGUGGGCCCAGGUCGGCACCAUGGGCGGCCUCAUCGUCUUGAUGGGCCUCACCCAGCUCUACAUGUGCUUCGCCCAGCGCGCCUACGGCCAGCAGCAGCGAGAGGCGCGCGGCAACUUUGAAAAGUACCGCUACAGCCCGGCCAACAACGGCGGGCCGGACAGCAUCCCGCUCGCCGCGCGCGACUCGGCCGUCUGGGAGCCGCGCGAGGACGAGUACGGUGCCGGCGCACACUACGGCCCCGGAUACAGCCCCUACGGCCCGCCGGCGCACGGCAUGGACCACCACUCGCCCUACGGCGACCGUGGCUCGCCCGAGACGCCCGAGGUCAAGGGGGGCUACGACGACGACUACCCCUCCUACCGCCCGCAGCCGGCUUCGAGGUUUUGA